AUGCCAGUUAUGAACGCAUUAUUUUCUUAUUUCAGAAUGCGGCGCUUUUACUGUCAUCGAUGUGACAGUCAAGUGCAAAUUGAUGAUGCACUGCUUCAAUGUAGAAACUGUCAAUCGGGCUUCAUCGAGGAGUUGGAACAACCCCAAGAGCCCCAAGAGCCGGCACGUCGUAUUAGGAUUGGCAACGAAUCGGAUCUCGGUCAAAGACGACAAAAUGUGUUGUUCGGAGAAGGACUUGGAUUCGGAAGACAAGUUUCAUCCCUUCUUGAACAAUUCAUUGUUGGUCAAAUAGGAACUCAAUUUGGACCUCUUGGCGAAAUUAGAUUAGGAGCGCCUAUGAAUUUGAAUGAUUAUGCCUGGGGUGCAAAUGGCCUCGAUGAUGUGAUUUCACAGCUGCUUUCUCAAGUCGAAGGUGGUGUUCCACCUGCCUCUGAAGAAGUUUUAGAGAGUCUCCAGCCAGAAAUUUUUAACCUUGACCUGCAGAAACAAUGUACAGAGUGCUCGGUAUGUUUGACCGAGUUUGAAUUGAACAAUGACACGGUGAUUCAACUGCCUGUGUGUGGCCACAUGUUCCAUCCGCCUUGUAUUCGAGAUUGGCUUAGGCUCCACAAUAGCUGUCCUGUCUGCCGCACAACCCUUUCCGCUGAAGGACACCGGGGCAAUAACACAUCAGGAGCGGGUUCACCAGCAUUACCCUUUGCUACUGAAUUUGACGAUUGCUCGUGCGAGAUUCCAGAGCUUGACAAAUACAACAACGAGGUUAUCUAUCCCCAUCUUGCGUCCAUUGUGCAGCGCGACUUCUUCCGUUAUUACAAGGCAAACACGAAGCGUAAAUGUAAGUUUUGGGAUCUGGAUUUCAAGUGCCGUUUCGCUUCCGGAGGAUGCACGGUCCAAAGCUGCCCAGCUGAUCAAAUCCCGUCUGGCAUCAAAGGAGCUCAGAUCCCCGAAGAUUGUGACGGAGCAGCCUACAACAAGACCAGACAAAUUGAAGUCGAUAAAAUGUCUUUUGUCAACAGAUCUAUCACCGAAGAGCAAAAGUCCGCCUUCAAAGACUGGAAGAACUUCGACAUGCGAGGAAUCAAGUUUUGUGAUGUAGACAGUGAAGAAGAUCCAAACAUGGAAUUUAUUGAUUUGAUUAAAAAUCCGGAACGAUUUACAGGGUACGAUGGCGAAUCUGCCCAUAAAGUUUGGCGAGCGAUAUACGAAGAGAAUUGUUUCCAGCCAGAGCCCUGGCCAAUGACUCAAAACGAUCUUGCCUCUUUCAAUCAGAACUACGACAACGUACCUGACUCCCCAUUAUCUGGCUUAUGUCUCGAGAAGAAAAUAUUCUACAGAGUGGUUUCUGGUUUACACAGUUCUAUCUCCCUUCAUCUAUCUGCCAUCUACCGCUACGAAGGUACCUUCGGCAAGAUCGACUGGAACAUGAAUCUCGAGGAAUUCAAGCGUCGCUUUGACCAUUCCAAAGGAGCUACAUACUUAAAGAAUCUCUACUUCGUCUAUUUACUGGAAAUGCGCGCAUUCGCCAAAGCGGCGCCCUACCUUUCCAAGCUCCAGUACUUCACAGCCAGGGAUGGAGAACGAGCAAGCAUUCUAAAGGAGGAGUUUCGAUCCCGUUUCCAUAAUGUCACGACGAUUAUCGACUGCGCUGCUUGCGAAAAGUGUCGUCUCUGGGGCAAGUUACAAACUCACGGUCUCGGCACUGCCUUGAAGAUCUUGUUCACUCCUGCUGAAAUCACCGACUACAAGCUCGACAGAAAUGAAGUCGUCGCCAUGUUCAAUGCGUUUGCGCGCCUAUCUUCGUCGAUUCACUAUUUGGAUCGUUUUCAGAAGAUGCUUCAGAAUGAACAGCUCUCAAGCGGGAGCCAGUCUACGAUGUCAAAAGGCUCCCAAAAACAACCUAAUUUCAAGCUUGACUUAUAG